AGAAAAAAGUGAGAGACACAGAUAGAAUUGAAGAGCGAGAAAAAGCACCAUUCUACAGCGCAGCCGUCUGCGGCGCACAUUUAAAACUUUCUUGUGAAACUUAUAAAGAGAUACUUAUUAUAUACAUAUAAAUAAACCUAUAUAUACAUAUAUAUAUAUAUGUAUAUAUGUAUACAUAUAUGUAUGUAUACAUGAAUGUGUAUUAAUUUAUGUAAAGGAGAUAUACGAAAAACCUAUACAUCUAUUAAGAGGAAUACGAACCCUGAAAAGCAGAAAAUUCUCAAAUUUUGUUUGAAAAAAACGGAAAAUUCUUUUUUUUUAAAUUAGAAGAAUAUUUUAUUCUUCAGAAUUGUUUGGCUUAAAGAAAUAUGCAAAUGAGAUACUUAUUCGUCCUAAUUGUUCUGCUACUACUACUCAACUCUUGUUCAGCAAGGAAGAGGAGAAAACGAGGCGAAAAAAAUGCUGGGAAAAGAAACUCCGAAAAAAAAGUUGAUGUAUCGAACCCGGCCGAUUACAUCUGGGCAAAACACACGGUCGCUGCUGGAGAUACUGCAGUAUUACAUUGCAGUUUCGAUGCCAUGUACCCAACAUAUUAUGCGUAUAAAUCGAUCGACUGGACGAAAGAACCUCAUGAGAAGAGCGGAAAGGGGAAAUUGUUGGCUACAGGAGAUAAGAUGGUGUACGAUAACAACAAUCGAUACAGAGUCUUCACGCCAAGUGGAACAGCUCUGUCCGUCUUAAUUAUCAGGAGAGCAAAGAAAAGCGACUCGGGAUUAUUCAGGUGUAAUCUGAGCGAUUCUGGACACAGGCACAAGUAUUUGCUACUGAAUGUGACAGAUUCCAGUAUUGAAGCCCAAACUAGCCCUGACGAGGUCAAGGGUUAUGUAGGUGAAAAUGUGACAUUGUGGUGCAAUGCUACUGGUUACCCGCGUCCAAUGAUUUAUUGGACAAGAGAGAACUCUCACGACAAACUUCCGGAUGGAACCUAUCAGCAUUGGGGUAAUAGUUUGCAAGUUUCAAAUACUAAGAAAACUGACGGAGGAAGUUACCUAUGCUACGUUGACAAUUUUGUUCAACCUAUCAUGUCGUACGUCUUCAAAUUAAAGAUCUUAAAUAAGGAAACUAAGGCGAAGUUUGAAGCGGAGAUGUUCAGGUACGAUUCACCGAAGUUGUACGUUGGAGAGAACAUGAAACACGCUCCUCCACCUGUGAGGGGCAGGGCUUACAUCUUAGUCUAUAAGAUGUAUAUGGAAGAUUAUAACCCGAACAUGAAAAUACACAUGACCUGGUUUAAGGAAAACAAGAAACUGAAGAGAUAUUCCAAAAGGUUUAUGAUUCUGGUAUGUAAUUACUUACAAGUUAGAUUUUAGCCUAUGCUUGAAUGUUUUGACGAAGUGAUAAGGCACUCGUAAAAUUCCCCCCAGGGCUUCUUUAAAAGCCGUUUUUCUCUUAUUUUUCACCGGGAUCAUUGAGGGAAAAAAACAUAGGCGGUAAAGGGGUGGAAUUUUUCCUAAAAAAGAGAUAUUCCAAGUAUUUACUGAAUGCCUGUGAAAAAAAAGAAUGUUUCUAAGGAUAACCUAAUUCCUUGAAUACUUUACUUAUUUUUUUUAAAUCUCAUAAUUGAAUAAGUAUGCCUGGUUUUUUUUUAUUGUACCUAAUUGUUUGCAGGAUUAUACGAAAUCUUCUAAACCUUAUCGGGCCGAGUCGACGUUAAUCAUACGAACGUUUGAUAAUAUAGACAAUGGAAAUUAUAUCUGUCAUUUUCAAACUGAAAACCUCUCCAAUUGGCAAGUUUUCAAAAUGCAUAAAAAGCCUAUUGAUCCUAAUCCCCCUUUCGGACCGACUCCUUCGCCUACACCAAAGGUGGAAUUGGUGAAAACUAAAAUGCCGAAAACGGAAAAGUUGUAUUCAAUGGACGACGAAGAUUUUGCUGAUGAAUCUUCUGGACAUAAUUAGCUAUUAGAGCUUUGUUGUCAUGAUUACUAUUUAAGAUGGGAAAAUAUUAAGGAAUGACGAGAAAACUUUACCUGUUUGCACUUGUGUGUUUGUUUUUGUUUAGAAUCCCAUUAAAAAAAUGGCUGAUAGAUAACGAACGAGGCGUCAUUUUUUUAUACUAAAAAAAUGAUGAGCACUAUUUCUUCUUUUUUAAUAAUUAAAAACAAAACAAUGAUAAAAGUAAUAUAUCUUUGAGAGAGACGCUUCAGAACGUCUAUUAGCUAAAGAGCAAAAAUGUACAGUGAGAUUUCUUUUUUUGACGAUUACUGCAUACUUUUUGCAUCCUAAAAGAUCUUUAAAAAAAAAAGAGAGAUAUAUUUUAGAUUUAACAAUAUAAUGCCAUGUUUUACAUUUUUCAUGUGUUGUAAAUAGGUUGAUGCACUUUCAACUAAUACAAUUAUAUUAAAAUUAUGAAAAAAGCAAAAUAUCGUUAUUUGUUUAACAACAUAAUUCCAUUAAAGAAAACUCUCAAACACAGAGG